AGGUUAAGGACUGUCUCCACCACUCUGAAAUGCGACACAAGCGAAUCCUGCCAUAAUACUAGUAAUAGCGCGUUUCCGCAUUGGAUCAGCUGAUUCGGAGGAAGUAUGCGGAAGAAGUAAAUUCGAAACCUCAAGUAACCAAACCAAAUAGUGACCUUUUUGGAAAGCUACUGACAGUAAAGUUUGUAAAAUUUAUUUUAAAGCAUAAGAGUACCUGUACCAGUUCCACUCCAGUAGUUAUUUCACAGAGGUAGCCUAGUAACUGAACUGUCAUCAUCAUGGCAUGCAGCGACUCUAUGGUCACAAUGAAUGGAACCCAAGUUUCCUAUAUUGGACAUGACUGUGAGGACAUCCCAGAGUUCCUUGGAAAAAAAUAUGGAUGCUUGGCAAGACGGCUAGAUCUCAGCUUCAAUCAGCUAAGGUCACUGGCUGGCCUGAAAGCGUUCACUGGGCUGGAAGAACUGGUCGUCGACAACAAUCUGCUCGGAAACGACCUCCAGUUGCCCAGGUUACCCACCCUCCACACCCUGACACUCAAUAAGAACCAACUGACUGACAUCGAGGCACUGCUGGAACACUUGGCGGAGGCAACUCCGUCGCUGCAGUACCUCAGCCUGCUGGGAAACGAGGCCUGUCCCAACCAGCUGGUCAGCCUGGACAAGGAUGAGGAUGACUACCAGAGAUACAGGUACUUUGUUCUGCACAAGCUACCCACCCUAAAGUUCCUAGACACUAGGAAGGUUUGUAAGACAGAACAGCAGGAGGCUGUGGCACGGGGAGCCUUCAUGAAGGUGGUUAAACCCAAGUCAUCAGACAUGGUGGCCCCAGGUGACCCUAAGUCUGAGAGUUCCUCCACACUCUACACCCCUCUACCCAGAGGCUCUAGAGACGGCAAGAACCACAAAGAGAGCGCGAUGCGCUGCGUUGGUACUGGAGCGGGCAGGCAGUAGAUCUUAAUGGAGGCUCUGAGAGGAGGAUAUGAAGAUAACCUUGAGGAGAGAGAACAGAACCUCAAGGCCUUCCCUUACUGCCUGUCACUAUCACUAACCCACUGUGACAUCUUGGUCCAGAAUCUUGGCCCAGGAACUGCUCAAGUCACUGAUACACAAACAGCUGAUAUCUACUGAACUUUAAACAGUACUUUGAGGCAGCGCCCUAGCAUUUGUUUCUAUCCAGUUUUUGUUUUUUUCUUUCUCAGAUAGAGCAGGUCAUCCAUUGUGUUAUGCUACAGUUAUUUUGUUGUUACUAUUAGCUGUUUUGGCUAAGCUGUCUCCAAGCGCCUACAGGAUACAAAUGAAGCGAUCUAAGGUAUCAGCGUUGUGAUAUGCGCUCGAUAAUAUUUUACUUAAUUAAUUCCAAUGCCCUGAGCUGACAUCCAUCCCCUACAUACCACAGCUGGGGCUUGCUGGUCCAGCCAAGCACACAAUAUCCUGUGUGCUCUGAAACAUGUACCAUUACAAUUAGCGCUGUCAGGUCCUAGCCCUACAACCCUCAUGUAGAUAAUAUGAGAAGAUAUCUUCAGAACCACCUUACAUGCUCAAUAUGUCUCCCCUUAUGAAGAUUACACAUCAAUAAAGUCAUUGAGUACCAGGGUGUGUGGCAAGUAAAGA